CGCGAAUAUAUAUGAUCACGUGAGGAAAUAUAAGUCACCGCGUCGCUGGUUUGCACUUGGAGAAUAGCGGAAAUCGUGGCAUAGUACCGUAGACGAACCAAUCUCAAAUUACUCGACACCAGCACCGAGUAGAGACAAAAUGGCCAAGGUCAAGACUUUCGAGCUUCGCAACAAAACCAAGGCUGACUUGACGAAGCAGCUGGACGAGCUCAAGCAAGAGCUCUCCACUCUUCGUGUCCAGAAGGUCGCCGGUGGAAACGCCUCGAAGUUGGCUAAGAUCCACGAUGUUCGCAAGUCCAUCGCCCGUGUGAACACCGUCAUCAGCCAGACCCAGAGGGACCAGCUCCGUAUCUUCUACAAGGGAAAGAAGUACAUUCCUCUCGACCUCCGUGUGAAGAAGACCCGUGCCAUCCGCCGCCGUUUGACUGCUCACGAGGCCACCCGCAAGACCGUCAGGCAAACCAAGAGGGAGACCCACUUCCCCCUCCGCAAGUUCGCUGUUAAGGCAUGAAUGGGUGUACUUUUGGUCAUUGUAUAAAUAAAGAGUUCGUUCACGUCUACCCGGGAUUUCACUUCUCAUCUGCACUUUAUCUGGAUGGAGCUAUUGCUCGGAAUGUUGGACAGUGGAAAGAGGACACGGAAGAUGGAGAAUACAU